AUGGUCUCCCACACAGGACCUGCCAGGCUUGCCCUGUUCCUGCUCUGCUGCAUGGGGACCUUGCUGUCCUCCCAUAUGGUUCUCAGGCAUCGGCUACCACCCAGGGACGUACGAAAAAUCGUUUUGGAAUUACAGCCCUUAUCUAAAAAACUUUUGCAAGACUAUCUGAAUAAAGAAAUGGGAGUGCCAGAAUCCAGCCGUUACCCGCUGCCGUGCUUCACCUCUGACUCCCAACAGCCACACAGCAUCAACAGCCGGGCCAUCCUGCCUUACUUCAAGGCAAUCAGACCAUUAUUAAAUAACACUGAUAUCAGCGAAAUCAUACAACAGCUCGACAAGCUCAAAUUUCAUCAUGCACCAGAAACAAAAAUUUCUGUGCCCACGGAUACCUUUGAAUGUAAAAGAUUCAUCUUGACUAUUUUACAACAGUUUUCAAUGUGUGUGGAACGUACAUUGAAAUCAAUGAACUCAGGAGCCCAGUAA